CGUAGGCAGGAAGAGGAAGUGGAGUUCGCUUUAGUGGUAAAGUUUGUAAGCUAAAAAAACAAAAACAUAACAGAGCUGCUCUCGACCUGCAAAUACGGCCUUUCCGUUAUGGGCACCACAGCUACUAAACUACCGAAGGAUCAGCUGUCGGAGUAUCAGGAGCUCACCUUCCUCACUAAACAGGAGAUUCUGCUGGCACAUAAGAGAUUCUCUGAACUCCUGGACAGAAAUGAUCGGCAACAGCUCAGUUCCCGGGUACCCUUGAGCAAAAUUUGUACGUUGCCAGAGCUCAAGUCUAACCCUUUUCGAAAAAGGAUCUGCCAUGUCUUCUCCACUUCAGAGACAAAGGAUGGGAGUUUAAGCUUUGAAGACUUCUUGGACCUCUUAAGUGCAUUCAGUGAUUCAGCAACACUUGAGAUCAAAUCACACUAUGCUUUCAGAAUCUUCGAUUUUGACGACGAUGGCACACUUGAUUAUGGCGAUCUCGAGAAGUUGGUUAACUGUCUGACUGGGGAGUCUGCAGACACAAGACUCACUCCUGAGGAAAUGAGUCAGCUCAUAACCAACAUUCUCGAGGAAUCAGACAUUGAUAAAGAUGGGACUGUAAACCUUUCUGAAUUUCAGCACGUCAUCUCCAGGUCCCCAGAUUUUGUUAGCUCUUUCAAGAUUGUGCUGUGAAGAUCACGGUGACCCAAAGAUGUUUUUUUUGUUUGUUUGUUUUUGCCUCUGCCUCAUUUUUAACACGCAUGCACUUUGCUCUUCACACAACAGUUCUAAUGUAACAAUGUGUUAAUUGUGGUUGUUUUUUCCCUGUAUUUCAAUUUCCUUUGUGACAGCAAAGGUUUUUUUUUCUCACGUUUGUUUGGAGAUCUAUUUGUAUAUUUGAUAAAUGCUUGUACACCCACUUUA